AUGUUCGUUAUCACAACGUCGUUGCAGGGAAAGUGGGCCCGAAAAAACUACAAGCGAAGGCUUUCUCAGCAAAGUCGAAGAGCUUUGGCACUCGUUGCCGCAACGAGUACAGCUUCGACUUUGGCCACGACGACUGGACGCUCUUCGACUGCUUCUGCCACUGCUUCAACGACAGUCGUGCACCCGGCAGCCCGCGCUCCACCGGGCUUGGUUGCGGGGAUGAACCCCGAAGAGGGAACUUCGCUCGAGUCGGCGCCAACAUACAACUCGAAUACGACAGAAACUCAAGAUGGGAACUUCAAUCCUGCCGCCGCUUCCGCCACCGUUAGCUCAAACAACACCUCUGCAGGUUUAAAAGGGACCCCAGCCGCCGCUGCCACUCAGGCCCCUGUCGCCGCUGCUGCUGCUACGACUCCCGGUCCCCCCACCUCCACUGAAGGUCCGUCUGUCAUCCCCGCCUCCAUCGGCCCGGCCCUUCCCCCCGCCGUUUCCACACCCGCCGCCGGAGCGGCCGCUGCUGCCACCUCCGGCGCCACUACCGCCUCUGACUUUGUCCUGAAGAGCAUCGAAAUCGACGCAAGGAUCAGGCAAAUGCAAAAGGAGUACAAUGAAUUCACGGAAGCUUUGAAUGAGGGAAUUUCGUACCAUGGUGUCGAAGACCCCGUUGAAAUACAUCGUUCCCGGGAGACCGCGAUAAAAAUGUGGCUCAUGUUCGCCGGGGAGAGGAAGAGACUCUACGAGCAGGAACGCAAGCGGGAACGCAUAUCGAAAGACAGCACUCGGCAGCCGAAGAAGCGCCGAAAGAAGCACAAGAAGCACGGCGCACGGGAACCUGACUCCGGUGGUGGAAGUUAUUCUUCGGCUUCUGCUACUGUGGCCACUCGUGGUCCUAUCACCCACGCCGCUGCCGCUGCCUGCGCUUCCGCUGCCGCCCCCGCUCCUGCUCCUGCUCCUGCUCCUGCUCCCGCCGCGCCGGAUUUUGCCGCUGCUGCUGCUGAACGCCGUUCUGCUCCUGCCUCGGCCCCUGCCCGUUCUCCUGCUCCUGCCGCCGCUCCUCCUACUGCCGCCGCCCCGGCACCCACCCCCACCUUCAAACAAGGUUUGAAAGGGACCCCAGCCGCCGCUGCCACUCAGGCCCCUGUCGCAGCUGCUGCUGCUACGACUCCCGGUCCCCCCACCUCCACUGAAGGUGUUACUCCAACUCCUGCCUCUCCUGCUCCUGCUCCUGCUCCUGCCGCAUCGGAUGCUGCCGGUGCUGCCGGUGCUGCACGACGUUCUGCUCCUGGUUCCGUCCAUGCCCCUUCUCCUGCUGCUGCAACCACUCCUUCUCCUGCCGCUGCCCCGGCCGCCACCCCCGCUGCUGCUGCUGCUACCAUCCCCGGGCCCCCCACCUCCACCGAAGGUCCGCCUGCCAUCCCCGCCUCUGUCGGCCCGGCCCCUGCCCCCGCCGUUUCCACACCCGCCGCCGGAGCGGCUGCUGCUGCCACCUCCGGCGACCCUAUCGCCCUCGCCCUUGCCCUUGAGAUCGCUGAACUUGAGGCACGGAUCCUAGAUAAGGAACAGGAGGAAAAAAAGUACACGGAGGCUUUGAAUGGGGGACUUCCGUGCCUCGGUGUCGACGACCCCAAUAGUUUGUGUCAUUUCCGGAAUGUCGUUAGAAGUCAGUUGAUCCUUAUCCGCUAUGGGUGGAUGGAACUCCGCCGGCAGCAACGCAGCAUACACAGCACUCGGAAGCCGAAGCAUCCUGCUGACUCAUCCGGUGGCUCUGGCCUUGCCGGUGGUGCACCUGCCACCGAUCCUGCUUCUGCCGCUCCCGCUCGUGCCGCGUCGGGAGCUUCGGCGCCGGAUGCAGCUGAUCGACGUUCUACUCCUGGCUCCGCCCCUGCCUCUGCUCGUGCUGCUGCCGCCGCUCCCGCCCCUGCCGCGCCGGAUGCUGCCGCUACUCCUCGCGCCUCCGCCGCCCCGGCCACCGCCCCCGCCGCUUCUGCUGAAGCAAGCGGCACUGAGCCCACCUCCGAACAAGGUGCGACAGACUCUCCCAGUGGCGAACCUUUCGCUGGCACGUCUACGGAGUUGCGUUUAUCAAGCUCUCGAGAUUCGGGAGAUGAUCAAAUGAUAUUCGUGCAUGUACAACACGAAAUUUGAAGUAAUUGGGAAGGAAAAACGUGGAAGGAGACGACUUGACCAAAUUUUUCUGGAUAUCGGGGAGUUUGAAUCAGAAGGGAGACAAGUUGCCGCGGACGAAAAAAAAUCUGUCCGAAGUCUUCAAAUGGAGGGAAGGGAUUUUUUUGCCCGUCAAUGUGAUGGUUUUGAAGGAGGGUGCCUUAAGUGACGCGGUGGCCGAUUCGUACGAUUUGCUGCUAGGCGCUGCUCCGUUUUUACUAGCUCCUGGCCCACACGGUGUUGGUUUUAACUUGAACAAGCGAAGGAACUCCUCCUGACAUAGAGGCGGCGUUUCAUGCUGGUGGUGGCGGUAGAGGCGAAGGGCAUAGCGCCCGCCGCUUUGAAUCACGAGGUUGUGUACGUGGAAGUAGUAUCUCUGGCUUCGAUCUCCACUUCGACUGCGGAUUGUCCUGUUGUGUAGAGCAAGCGGUCGGGUAGGAAGACGGUGGUGAGGUGGUGCUCGGUGUAUUUCAUUGAAGACACGUUGUCUGUUGUAACAGCUCUUGACAACAAUUUUUGCGAUGGAUACGUCCUGUUAAACUCUGUUUUUCCAGCCGCAUUUUGGGGUAUUUUACCCCAGCUUGUCCCGAUGCUC